AAACAACGGCGAUCGGAACUGUAAACCCAGUGUGGAAGUCCACGACAGUAUUCCUCUCUGAGCUCGUCGUCUCUCCUCAAUAAAAUUGUUGAAUCUCCAUUGUCUAUGGUUUGAGGACCUUCCACCCCUCUUACUAGGGUUUCCAACUCUCCCGAUUCAUAAAUUAAUAACCGGAAUUCGUUUCCUCAUCUACCCACUUGCAUCCAAGCCCGAUCUUAUGAAGACGCCGACUUUCUUCUUCUUUUUCGUGCUCCUGUCUGCAUUUCCAUUAACAAUUGUCCGUCCGGUGUCUUCUUUAGCAUCAGAGGAGGCCAGGAUUACCAAGUUUGUUGAGCGUGAGGCAACUGAUGAUGCCCUUGGUUAUCCCAACCUGGAUGAGGAUGAACUGUUGAAUACACAAUGCCCUCAACAUUUGGAGCUAAGAUGGCAGACUGAAGUUAGUUCAAGCAUAUAUGCUACACCUUUGAUUGCAGAUAUUAACAGUGAUGGAAAGCUGGACAUAGUUGUUCCCUCAUUUGUUCACUAUCUGGAAGUCUUAGAAGGUUCCGAUGGAGAUAAAAUGGCAGGGUGGCCUGCUUUUCAUCAGUCAACAGUUCAUGCUACUCCUCUCUUGUAUGACAUUGACAAAGAUGGUGUUAGAGAAAUAGCUUUAGCCACAUACAACGGGGAGGUGCUCUUUUUCCGGGCUUCAGGAUACCUGAUGUCAGACAAGUUAGAGGUUCCUAGGUUGAAAGUAAAAAAAGACUGGUAUGUUGGUCUGAAUCCUGAUCCUGUGGAUCGGUCCCAUCCAGAUGUGCAUGAUGAAUCACUUAUCCAAGAAGCUCUUUCGAAUUCAGUGCCUCAAGCUAAAGUAAACACAUCUGUUGUGAACAUCUCGAAUUUGACAUCAACAGCAUCUCAAGCUUUUGUAGUAACAAAUGCAAAUGCAGAGGACAAAGGGAAUGAAACUAAUCCUAAAGUAGAAUUGGAAAAUAAGCUGCAACAGAGUGUCGACAAUAACUCAUCAGCUUCUGGCACAGGCAAAGAAAAUGGAACUAGUAGUGGAAGGCGAUUACUUGAAGAUGAUAGUUCGAAGGUUUCAGAACAAGGUUCCGAUUCACGAGCUAAUAACAAUGACAAUGUACAGGCUGCAACAGUGCAGAAUGAUGAAGCUCUUGAAGCUGAUGCUGAUUCAUCUUUUGAGUUGUUCCGUGAUAAUGAUGAACUUGCUGAUGAAUACAAUUAUGAUUAUGAUGAUUAUGUUGAUGAAACCAUGUGGGGGGAUGAAGAAUGGACAGAAACUGAACAUGAGCGACCAGAUAAUUAUGUUAAUAUUGAUUCACACAUCUUAUCCACUCCUGUAAUUGCUGACAUCGAUAAUGAUGGAGUAUCAGAGAUGAUUAUUGCUGUAUCGUACUUUUUUGACCGCGAAUACUAUGACAACCCUGAGCAUUCAAAAGAACUUGGUGGAAUUGAUAUAGGGAAAUAUGUAGCUGGUGGUAUUGUAGUGUUCAACCUGGAUACAAAGCAAGUUAAAUGGACUCACCAACUAGACCAAAGUACUGAUACUGGAAAAUUCCGUGCCUACAUUUAUUCUUCUCCCACAGUCGUUGAUUUGGAUGGUGAUGGAAACAUGGACAUUCUUAUUGGGACAUCUUAUGGAAUGUUCUAUGUUCUGGAUCACAGAGGAAAGGUAAGAGAGAAUUUUCCUCUAGGAAUGGCUGAAAUACAAGGAGCCGUAGUUGCAGCCGAUAUCAACGAUGAUGGCAAGAUUGAACUAGUAACUGCCGAUACAAAUGGAAACGUCGUCGCUUGGACCGCACAAGGGAAAGAAAUUUGGGAACAACAUAUCAAGAGUCUUGUCCCACAGGGUCCCAGCAUUGGCGAUGUAGAUGGAGAUGGUCAUACAGAUGUGGUAGUUCCAACAAUAUCUGGAAAUAUAUAUGUUCUCAGUGGGAAAGAUGGGUCGUUUGUUCGUCCAUAUCCAUAUAGAACUCAUGGAAGAGUGAUGAAUCAAGUUCUUCUUGUGGACUUAAAUAAACAAAAUGAGAAAAAGAAGGGCUUGACCAUUGUCACCACUUCAUUCGAUGGUUAUCUGUAUCUCAUUGAUGGACCCACAUCGUGUGCCGAUGUUGUGGAUAUUGGUGAAACCUCGUAUAGUAUGGUCUUGGCAGACAAUGUUGAUGGUGGAGAUGACCUCGAUCUUAUCGUGACAACCAUGAAUGGCAAUGUCUUCUGCUUUUCAACACCAGCUCCUCAUCAUCCUCUCAAGGCUUGGAGAUCGCCUUAUCAAGGAAGAAAUAACAUUGCAAACAGAUUUAAUCGUGAAGGUGUAUUCGUAACCCAUCCAUCUCGAGCUUUCCGUGAUGAAGAAGGCAAGAAUUUCUGGGUCGAGAUCGAAAUUGUGGACCAUUAUAGAUAUCCUUCCGGUUCCCAAGCACCUUAUAACGUAACGACAUCAUUGUUGGUCCCAGGCAACUACCAAGGCGAGAGAACGAUAAAGCAAACCCAGAUAUUUAAUGGUCCUGGGAAAUAUAGGUUUAAGCUCCCUACUGUAGGCGUGAGAACAACAGGAACCGUUUUGGUGGAGAUGAUAGACAAGAAUGGUCUUCAUUUCUCAGAUGAAUUCUCUUUGACCUUCCAUAUGCACUAUUACAAGCUCUUGAAGUGGCUUAUUGUUCUUCCUAUGGUUGGGAUGUUGGGUAUACUUGUGAUCCUACGUCCUCAAGAAGGUAGGCCUUUGCCUUCAUUCUCGAGAAACACUGAUUUGUAAUGAUCGAUUUAUACAAUAUACAUCUCCAAAUAUUACAUGAUGCUUCAACUGAGGAAAUGUCAAUCGGGUCGAAGGCAGGACCCACUCUCAGACUGUCCUUGGCUGGCUGCUGUCUUUCAAAUGGGUAAACUGUUGAGGUUAUUUUUUCUUUUUCUUGAACCUGUUGCAGUCUAGAGAUUUGAUUGGUUUUAUGGUAUGUUUUUGGCCUUUAGUUUUGUGUAGUAUGGAUUUCGUUGGAGGUAUAGAAUAGAGAUCUGAAUGUUUGUAAGAAAGAGGAAAAAAUUGUAGACAUGUUUUAACAAAAUGGACCAUUAUGAUAGUUAAUCAAUGGAAGUUCCAUGACUUAUGAAAUUUGUGAU